AUGGCUGUAGCCGGCGAGGCGAACAAGAAGACGCCGCCGGUGAGACAGAGGAAGGCUCACCGCAAGUCUCGUCUAGGAUGCAGCAACUGCAAGCUCCGUAGCGUCAAGUGCGACGAGUCAAAGCCUUCUUGCAAGCGCUGCGUAUCCUCAGGCUUCAUCUGCUCCUUCACACAGACCUCACCCUCAGCUAGUCUCCAUCUAGCCCACUGCAGCGCCGGCCCUGUAUUUUCAGUAGCUGCUGACCCGGCUGCGGAUCGGAUCCUCAAGGCUCCUUUGCCCCGGCUCAGGGUCCCGAUUGCGCAGCCGACGAGAGGCGCUGUGGGCGAGAUUGUCCUUGGAGAGGCUGAGAUGGCGGCGUUGGAGAGGUUUAGGUUGAGGACUGUGUUUACGAUUGGGACAGAGAAGACAAGGCAUCUUUAUUCUGAGAGGGCGGUUAAGCUGGCGUCCAAGCACCCGUUCCUUAUCCAUGCCUUUAUUGCUUUUGCCCUCCUUCAUGAUAGUCACAUCACCCCCAAACAACCCCCUUCACACCGCACAGCCUUGGCCUUCCACUGGUACCAAGCCACGGUGCUCUUCCAACAGCGUCUCCUAGCAGCUCACUCAACCCCCGACCUCUCACUGCUACCCAGCUCAGAACGGGACGCAAUAUGGACGUCUUCCGUUCUUCUCGGCGCCUCAGCACUCGCUCUAGUCGAUGUCCAGGAUGUCGAGGGUGUCUGGCCCCUCAAAGUUCCCGACACCCUAGACCUCAACUGGUUAAAAAUGAGCGAAGGUAAAAAGGUCGCUUGGGAUGUUGCUGACCCGGCGAGGGCUGAGAGCAUAUUCCAUGAACUCCUCCUUCACAAGAGCCAAAUGCCCAACGGCUCAAAGCCAAUUCCCCCUGACGCUCUCCCUCCCACAUUCUUCACCACGUUUAACCUCUCCCCAUCUUCCUCCCCGGUAUCCAACCCAUACCACGUCGCCGCUUCACUUCUCGCACAGCUCCUCCCACAAAAGAUCAAUGAAGACUCCGUGGUCCAAUUCCUCGCCUUCCUAACCCAGCUAGACCCGCGGUACAAGCAGCUCCUGGAGGAUAAGGACCCGAGGGCCAUGGUGCUUCUUGCAUGGUGGUACGCCAAGGCGGCGGUGCACAGCUCGUGGUACAUGCAGAGGAGGUCGUUGGUUGAAGGGCAGGCGAUUUGCAUCUACCUGGAGCGGUACUGCAUGGGUGUCCCGGGUAUUUCGGAGCUCGUGCAGUUUCCCAAGAGAGUGUUUGGCUUCUUCUGCAAGAAUGGAGGAAUCAUGAAUUUAGGGGACGUAAGGACAUUGAGAGAGGGUGGGCGGUCAAGUAUGUGGAUGAAGGCGUAA